ACUCUCACCAAUCCCAAGCGUCUUGCUAUACACUUUUUUUGAGAGGUUUUCUUGAACUUUUCUUUUUUCCUCUGUUGUAAAUGCAGUCCAUCUCUGAAAUCUCAUCUUCUUCACCAUCACAGACUGAAGCCUCUCCCUCACCUCUAAGAAUCCAAGUGGUUCCCAAGCCCGUCUCGGACCGACUUCUUGUGAAAUUCUCAGAUGUAUCAGAGUUUGAUUUUGAUUAUUCACAGAGUAGAUUGUGGUCUCCUCCACUCAGAAGAAGUGUGUUCUUGAGCUCACCAUCUGGGCAUAUUAUAUUCACUGAACAAGAAAUGCUUGCCAAGCUUAAUGCUUUGGAGGAUCGCCGGAGAAGAAGAUACAGACUCUGCUUUGACGCAUUUUGGUGCUCUCCAAGAGGAUGUUGAUGCCAGGAUUGUCUAUAUCAUGAACGGUUAUUUUUGGUCAGAUUGAAAGCAAUACUGAAAUGACCCAAAUUUUGUUAUCCUUUUCUUCACUGGUUGAAUUUUAAUUGUCCAUGUUUGUAAGCAAUAUAUAGAGAAUACAUGUAUGUAUAUGAUUGUCCAUUUGUGCCUCUCCUUAGCUUUCUCUUUUCCCCUUUCCUUUUGGCUUGCAAAUAUAUAUAUAUAUAUAUAGAUAUAUAUAUUUUCAACGGGUAUGAAGGAAAAAAUGAGAAGGCCGAUGGGGAAAGUUGUGUAAUGCAAUGGUGAGACUCGAAGUUGGACAUGAAGUUGGCAAAAUGAGGGUUUCAUCAAACAAACCAACCACUUGGUUUCAGGCUUGUAAGAUUGGAUUCAGCACAUUUCAAGCUAAAUUACUAAAAAUAGGGAUGUAGGCUACAGUUUCCA